AUGGCCAACUACAAUAAUUCUCAGCUCCAAUGGAUGGACGCUUCUUUAGCGGACUUUCAUGGUGGUCCGGAUUUGCCGAUGUCUUCUGCGAAAGAGCAAACUCUGCUGUGGCAGCAGAGCUGCUACAUGGGUGACUCCGGAAUAAAUUCUGGAGCCACCACUGAAGCCCCGUCUCUUAUCGGCAAAGAGGAUGAAGGUGAUUUCCAUGGUCCACCGGACUUGCCCAUGGCAUCGGCCAAAGAGCAAACUCUGAUGUGGCAGCAGAACAAUUAUGCGAUCGAGUCUGGGAUUCAAACUGGGACGCCGUCCCUUUCUGGCAAAGAAGACGAUGACAUGGACAUGUUCAACAUGAAUCAAGUGUAUACACCUAGUUACACGCAAGAACAAGUCAAAGAGAUCAACACGCAGCUGAAUCAAACUCGCGGACAAAGAGUAAGAGCUGCGAUGUUUCCAGAAACUCUUGACGAGGGCAUGGAGAUACCUUCCACUCAGCAAUUUGAUUCGGGAAAUCAAACAGCCGUCGAACGCUUAGCAGAGCCGAGUCAAAUGCUGAGACACGCCGUCGUCAAUUUGAUUAAUUAUCAAGAUGACGCGGAUUUGGCUACUAGAGCCAUCCCCGAGUUGAUCAAACUCCUCAACGAUGAGGAUCAAGUUGUGGUCUCUCAAGCGGCUAUGAUGGUCCAUCAAUUAUCGAAGAAAGAGGCCUCGAGGCAUGCCAUUAUGAACAGUCCACAAAUGGUUGCCGCUUUGGUGAGGGCGAUCUCCAAUUCCAACGAUUUGGAGACUACCAAAGGCGCAGUCGGCACUCUGCAGAAGUUAUCGCAUCACAGACAAGGUCUUUUGUCUCUGUUCAAAAGCGGUGGAAUUCCCACUUUGGUGAAACUGCUGAGUUCCCCAGUGGAAAGCGUCCUGUUUUAUGCGAUCACCACUUUGCACAAUCUGUUGUUGCAUCAGGAAGGAUCUAAGGUCGCCGUGCGUUUGGCCGGAGGACUACAGAAAAUGAUUGCCCUCCUGCAGAGGGAUAACGUUAAAUUUUUGGCAAUCGUUACCGAUUGCUUGCAAAUUUUAGCAUACGGCAAUCAAGAGAGUAAAUUGAUUAUUUUAGCUUCUCAAGGACCUAUGGAGUUGGUUCGCAUAUUACGCACUUACCAUUACGAGAAGCUGCUGUGGACUACCUCAAGAGUAUUAAAGGUGUUGUCUGUGUGCAGCAGCUCUAAGCCUGCCAUCGUCGACGCUGGCGGAAUGCAAGCCUUGGCAAUGCAUUUGGGAGGUCAAAGCCAACGAUUGGUUUUGAACUGUCUGUGGACUUUGAGGAAUCUCUCUGAUGCCGCUACUAAGAUUGAUGGCAUGGAAGGUCUUCUGCAAGCGUUGGUACAAGCGCUGCAUUCCGACGAUGUUAAUAUCGUUACAUGCGCCGCUGGCAUUCUGUCCAACAUGACGUGCAAUAAUCAAACAAAUAAGACUGUCGUUUGUCAAGUCGGAGGAGUGGAUGCUUUGGUCCACAUAAUUGCACAAGCCGGGAAUCGCGAAGAGAUCAUUGAGCCUGCUGUAUGCGCUCUGCGUCAUCUGACUUCUCGCCAUGCGGAAUCGGAUAUGGCUCAGAACGCGGUUCGCUUGAACAAUGGUAUACAGGUGAUCAUUAAAUUGCUCAGCCCACCUUCGCGUUGGCCGUUGAUCAAGGCUGUGAUUGGAUUGAUCAGGAACUUAGCACUUCUCCCUGCAAAUCACGAGCCUCUCAGAGAGCACGGCGCGUUGCAUCAUUUGAUGCAAUUGAUGGUUGGAGCUUUCGAAGAUAUCCAGAGAAGGAACAGCACCGGCUUCCAGGGGACCUAUUCUGACGGAGUUCGAAUGGAAGAGAUCGUGGAAGGAACUGUGGGAGUGCUGCAGAUCGUCGCAAAGGAUUCCCAAAACCGCGCUAUAAUCAGGCAACAAAUGGUCAUACCCAUUCUGGUGCAACUGCUAUUUAGCGAAAUAGAGAAUAUCCAGCGUGUGGCUGCUGGUGUACUCUCCGAAAUUUCGUUGGAUAAGGAAGGUGCUGAGCUCAUCCAGCGAGAAGGAGGCACUGCUCCUCUCACUGAGAUCCUACACUCCAUCAACGGAGGUCAUAUGAAUCAGCAACCUAUGAGCAACACACAAACUAUUUCAACAUACGGUGGUGGAGGCAGCGUUACCACCAACUUCGAAGCGAUGGAUAUCGGCAAUUCCAACGAACCUGAACUAAACUUUGAUUACAUCGCUUCUUUGCCAUCGCCACCACAAAAUAACAACCAUAUGGCGGCUUGGUACGACGCCGAUUUGUAAAUA